ACAGAGAGACGUAUCCAUCUCUCUGACCCAUCGUUUAAAUUUGACCCAAAAGAUCAAACAGAAUUCAUUUUCAUCAAUUCCGUUUCACACAUUUCCUGUGGAAAAAAUCUGUCUGUUACGAUUCUUGAUUCUUUCUAACAAAGCAAAAGUUGUCUUUUUGGAGUGUGAGCAACUAAUUCUCGGAAAUUGAGGAAGAGAAAGUGAAGGUUUUUUUGGAGUCUGAGACAGAAGAAGAAUUUAACAGAUUCUUGUCGGAAACAUGGAUACGAGUGAAGCUAGGAACCGUAAAGUUGUUGAAGUGGAAAAGUUCGAUCUCGAAGUCCCUGAGACUGCUCAUCAGAUUAGCAGCGAUUCAUGGUUUCAGGUAGCAUUUGUUCUAACAACCGGUAUAAACAGUGCCUAUGUGUUGGGAUAUUCGGGGACAGUCAUGGUUCCUUUGGGUUGGAUUGGUGGUGUGGUUGGUCUCAUUCUUGCUACCGCGAUCUCCCUUUACGCAAACACUCUUAUCGCUAAACUUCAUGAGUUUGGUGGCAAAAGACACAUUCGUUAUAGAGAUCUCGCAGGCUUCAUCUAUGGUAAAAAGAUGUAUCGUGUUACAUGGGGAUUGCAAUAUGUCAAUCUUUUCAUGAUUAAUUGUGGCUUCAUCAUACUUGCUGGUUCCGCCUUAAAGGCUGUUUAUGUACUUUUUAGAGAUGACAGUCUCAUGAAACUGCCUCACUUUAUCGCCAUCGCGGGUGUUGUCUGUGCGAUUUUUGCAAUCGGUAUUCCUCAUUUAUCAGCUCUUGGAAUCUGGCUAGGAGUUUCGACAAUCCUCAGCAUAAUCUACAUUGUUGUUGCAAUAGUUCUAUCAGCUAAAGAUGGAGUAAACAAACCUGAAAGAGAUUACAACAUACAAGGAUCAUCAAUAAACAAACUCUUUACCAUAACAGGAGCAGCUGCAAAUCUAGUUUUUGCAUUCAACACGGGAAUGCUCCCGGAAAUACAGGCCACAGUGAAGCAACCGGUCGUUAAAAACAUGAUGAAGGCUCUGUAUUUUCAGUUCACUGUUGGUGUUUUACCGAUGUAUGCGGUUACGUUCAUCGGUUAUUGGGCUUACGGGUCCUCGACAUCGACUUAUCUGUUAAACAGCGUCAGUGGACCUCUCUGGGUCAAAGCCCUCGCUAAUAUUUCAGCUUUUCUCCAAUCUGUUAUCUCUUUACAUAUUUUUGCAAGUCCGACUUAUGAGUAUAUGGACACAAAGUAUGGAGUCAAAGGAAGUCCAUUGGCAUUGAAGAAUCUGUUGUUUAGAACAGUAGCACGAGGAAGCUACAUCGCGGUGAGCACACUUCUCUCUGCGCUUUUGCCGUUUCUCGGAGAUUUCAUGAGCCUCACUGGAGCGAUAAGCACGUUCCCUCUCACAUUCAUAUUAGCGAAUCACAUGUAUCUUGUUGCUAUGAACGAUAAGCUUAGUCUUGUGCAAAAGCUAUGGCAUUGGCUUAAUGUUUGCGUCUUUGGAUUAAUGUCUCUUGCUGCUGCUAUUGCUGCUGUUAGACUCAUCUCUGUUGAUUCCAAGAACUUCCAUGUUUUUGCUGAUGUUUGAUUAUAAAGUCUUCUCUACAAUUGUAGUCUUCGACAUUGUUAACGUUGUAAUCUUUUAUACCAAAAAGAAACAAAAUUGUAACCCUUUUGUUACUUUAUUUUUGUUUUAAUGUUAAAUAAAGUUACAAAUAUCAU